UUUGGUAAGGAGGGUGGAGGAGAGGAUGGAUUGUCAUCUAGAGUAGCUGAAAACUAAAUCCGUCAGGAUGGAUAUUAGGUUGGGCAGGUUAGAAUCUAGAUUGGAUUUGGCUUUGAAGAAGUUGGAUUCUGGUGAUGUGUAUUUGAAUGAUUUUAGUUGGGGGAAGACACUACAAAUGGAUAUAUGGGUAUUCAGAUUAGGGAAGUCACUGAAGGGUCAGAGCUGGAUGCGGGUUCAUGGCGAGUUAAUGUUUGUUUCUAUCAUGAUAAUGUUGAUGAUGGGGGAUCUUUUGUGCUACAACAAGGGAUGGGGAAUGUGGAAACAAAGGAUGAGGAUCAGGAGAGUCUCUUCUUUGUUGAUUUUCUUGUGGUAGUGGUGAUUGUCCCUAAAUAGCCACAUGGUAAUGAAGAUAUAUGGGUAUAACUAUUGAGAGGGCGACCUCUCCUUGGUUGUUAGAGGCCUUAGGAAUCUUGUUUCUCAACAUUCACCAUAUUUCUUAUUUUUGUGUGAGACCAAGAUUCCUGAGGAGAAGGCUACUCACCUAGCCAGAAUUCUUAAAUUUCCCCAUCAAGUUGUGA